AAUAUAGAAAAAGAAAAAGGUAACGACAUUAAAGAAGGUGCACUUAAUGCGCAGUAUGUCCUCUUGUGCCAGCUUGUUGCACCGUCUUCCGUCUCCUCCUCUUUCCCUCUCUCUCUCUCUCCAAACCAGUCCUACUUCUCUCUCUAGAAACCUAGGGAAGAAGAAGAAGACGGUGAAGCGAGCGAUGUCUUCGGACGACGAAGGAAGAGAGGAGUAUCUCUUCAAGAUUGUUGUUAUCGGCGACUCUGCCGUCGGUAAAUCUAAUCUUCUAUCUCGUUACGCACGUAACGAGUUCAGCGCUAACUCCAAGGCGACGAUCGGAGUCGAGUUUCAGACGCAGAGCAUGGAGAUUGAAGGUAAAGAGGUCAAGGCUCAGAUUUGGGACACUGCUGGUCAGGAGCGUUUCCGUGCCGUCACUUCCGCUUAUUACCGUGGCGCUGUCGGUGCCCUCGUCGUUUACGACAUUACCCGCCGCACCACUUUCGAAAGCGUUGGACGUUGGCUCGAUGAGCUUAAGAUCCAUUCGGAUACGACGGUGGCGAGAAUGCUGGUGGGGAACAAGUGUGAUCUAGAAAACAUAAGAGCAGUGAGCGUGGAGGAAGGAAAGGCUCUAGCCGAAGAGGAAGGACUCUUCUUUGUGGAAACAUCGGCUCUUGAUUCGACUAAUGUUAAAACAGCUUUCGAGAUGGUGAUACUUGAUAUCUACAAUAACGUGAGCCGUAAGCAACUCAACUCAGAUACUUAUAAAGACGAACUCACCGUGAAUCGGGUAAGUCUUGUUAAGGAUGAUAACUCUGCCUCCAAACAAAGCUCUGGUUUCUCUUGUUGUUCUUCCACUUGAUGAUAUACCACACCAAAAUAAUCCUUUUUUAUUUCUCACAACUGUAACUUUAUUAUAUAAAUUUUUGUUUUUUUCUUUGACUCAUGGAAGAAAAGAAAUUCAUGAACUGUAAUUUAUUUGGUCACAUUAAUUUUCCUUUUAUAAUUUUGGCAAACAUUCAAAAGAUCUAUUCAUUC